UGGAAGAAAGAAGGAGCAAGUCACACCCUGGAAGAAGCUCUGUGCCUUUGGAGGUUUUUCUGCCUGCCCGUCCCCAUGCCUCUCCUCCUCUUGCUGCUCCUGUUGCCAAGCCCCUCACACCCCCAAUCCACCUGUGAGAUCUCCACAGUGGCCAAGCAGGUGGAAGCGAACUGUGAGAACCGGGGGCUGAAAGUGCUGCCUCAAGAUUUGCCAGGAGACACAGCCAUUCUCCGCCUGGGUGAGAACCCCCUGGGCACCUUCUCCAUGGCGGCCCUGAAGCCUCUGACUCACCUCACUCAUCUGCACAUGGACAACAGCCAGCUGACCGAGCUGCAGGCUGAAGGGGCGCUGCUGACAAGGCUGGAGACUCUGGAAAUACCCCGCAAUAAGCUGAUGAGCCUGCCCUCCCUAGGACCGGCACUGCCUGCGCUCACUACCCUGGAUGUCUCCCACAACAAGCUGAGCUCAUUGUCUCCCGAUGCCCUGCGAGGCCUGAGCCAUCUCCAUGAGCUCUCCCUGCGUGGCAAUAAGCUGAAGACUCUGCCCCAAGGCCUCCUGGCGCCCACACCCCAGCUCAGGAAGCUCAAUCUGGCUGACAACCAGUUGACAGACCUGCCCCCUGGGCUCCUGGAUGGGUUGGAUGAGCUUGACACCCUCUUCCUCCAAGGGAACUGGCUGCGCACCAUACCAAAGGGCUUCUUUGGGAACCUCCUCCUGCCUUUUGCUUUUCUCCAUGGCAACCCCUGGUUCUGUGACUGUGACAUCCUUUAUUUCAGUCACUGGCUAAAAAGGAAUGAAAACAAUGUCUACUUAUGGAGGGAGGGUGUGGAUGUCAAGGCCAUGACCCCCAAUGUGGAGAGUGUGCAAUGUGUCAAUGUGGUCAGGACAGCCGUCUCUGCCUACGCAGGCCAGGGCUGCCCCUCUCUCAAAGGCGGGGAUGACGCAGAUGACUAUGACUAUUAUGAAGACGCGACUGAUAUGAUGUCCACCACAAGGGCUGUGGUCACCAACGCUGAAGCCAACACAACCCCCAGGGGCCUACUUAACUCAAAAUUUCCUGCUUCUCUACACAGCCAAAUGCCCUACUUGUCUCCAACCCAGGAACCCACUAAGAAAGGGACCACAUUCCCGACCACCAGAAAAUCCAUCACAUUCUCCAAAACUCCAAAACCCACUACUGAACCCACCCCAGAACCCACCACAACCCCACCCACCCCAGAACCCACCACAACCCCACCCACCACAACCCCGACCACCCCUGAACCCACAACCCCACCCACCACAACCCCGACCACCCCUGAACCCACCACAACCCCACCCACCACAACCCCGACCACCCCUGAACCCACAACCCCACCCACCCCAACCCCGACCACCCCUGAACCCACAACCCCACCCACCACCACCACAACUCCAACCACCGCAGAACCCACCACAAUCCAGACCAUCUCAGAAACAACUAUAUUCUUAACCACCACAGAAUCCAUCUCACUCCCUAUGUUAGAAUCCACAACCAUCAUCACUGAAUUUUUUGACUUCGCAAAUGUCCGUAGUGUGGCUGACGGAAAUGUGGCUAGCUCCAGAAAUGACCCUUUUCUCAAUGCUGACUUUUGCUGUCUCCUCCCCCUGGGCUUCUACAUCUUGGGUCUCCUUUGGCUCUUUUUUGCCUCGGUGGUCCUCAUCCUGCUGCUGAUCUGGGUCCGACACAUGAAACCACAGGCCCUGGACUUUGGCCAGUCUGUUGCUCUGGCCACAGCCAAGCACACCACACACGUGGAGCUGCAGAGGGGAAGGCAAGUCGCUGUGCCGCGGGCCUGGCUGCUUUUCCUUCAAGGGACACUCCCAACUUUCCGCUCCAGCCUCUUCCUGUGGGUCCGGCCUAACGGCCGCAUGGGGCCUCUGGUGGCAGGAAGGCGGCCCUCAGCCCUGAGUCUGGGUCGUGGUCAGGACCUGCUGGGUACAGUGGGCAUUAGGUACUCUGGCCACAGCCUCUGA